AUGAUGACAUGGGCAUGCUGUCAACAUGGAAGGACCAUGAUUGUUGCACAUGGCAGGGAAUUGCAUGCAGCAAUCAAACAGGUCAUUCUUCAGAGGAAUAGUAAACUUUCAAGGGCAAUCCCUUUUGAGAGUGGUGAUCUUCCAUUGCUACAAACUCUCAAGCUUCUUGGUGACUUUGUUUUCGAAACUAAAGUUGCAGAAUGGGUGUCUAAUCUCUCCUUUUUGAGGAAUCUUGAAUUUGUGUCAUUGAUUCUUGGCAACUCUCAUGAAUGGCUCCAAAUAAUUCGAAAGCAUAUUCCAAAUUUAACAGAACUGAGGUUGUCCAAUUGUAGUCUUUCUGAUAAUGAUGUUCAAUUUUUGUUUGAUAUUCAUUCCAACUACUCUUCCACAACUUCCCUUACCAUCCUUGAUUUCUCUUAUAAUUUGUUGACAUCAUCCACAUUUCAAUUGUUGUCCAACUUCAGCUCUAAUCUUCAGGAGAUUUAUCUUUCACAUAAUGAUAUUGUUUUGUUACAUUCUCAUUACCUGAACUUUCCUUCUCUAGUGAUCCUUGACCUUUCCUAUAACAAUCUCAUUUCAUCAAUAUUUCAAGGCAAUUUCAACUUUGGCUCCAUCCUUAAAGAGCUUGAUUUGUCAAAUUGCAGUCUUAUGGAUACAAGUUUUCUCGUGUCAUCUACUUCCAUUGUGAAUUCUUCAUCUUCUCUUGUUGUCCUUCGUCUCUCCGCUAACCUAUUCACAUCAUCAAACAUAUUCCACUGGAUUUUCAACUUCACAACCAAUCUGCACACCCUUGAUCUUGGUGGCAACUUGUUAGAAGGCCCUGUUCCAAUAGGUUUUGACAAAGCAAUGAACUCUCUUGAAUAUCUCGAUCUCUCUUCUAACAAGCUGCAAGGAGAUAUUCCAGCUUUGUUUGGAAAUAUUUGCACGUUGCAGAUACUAUACUUGUCAUCUAACAACUUCAGUGGGUACUUUUCAAGCUUCUUUCAAAAUUCUUCAUGGUGCAACAGACAUAUUUCGUGUGCUAUCCUUGUCUGA